UACGAUUCUGAAAAACGUUCUUUCAGAAACGAUUUGUGAUUUUUGGCUAGAAAGGGGUGUGUAAUUUUCAGUGUUUCCCACUUCCGGUGGAUUCGUUUUUGUAGAAAAUCUGUAGACUCGUUUUUUGACAGUUUCCGAUUCCUUUUUCUUGAAGCAGCAGAAGCUGGGAGGGGAACUUGGGAAGCAAAAUUGCAUGAUACCAAAUUCCCGAUCAUUGGUCCCAGCAAGCGGUGUGUUUUGUAUUAAAAGUUUCGAUCCGUGGAUCUCGCGUGAUGUGUUACGAUUUCGGGAAUUAUUAGAUGUUGUCGUGAGUUUCGGUUCUUUCGGAUAAGUUGCUUCCGGGCGAGUGUUUAAGGUAUCGCGAGUGACGUUUUUCUUAUGUGAAUGGCAGCCACUGGCGUAAAACGGUUCUAGUCUCCAUCUUAAUUUGGCAUAUCUUAACUCGAUUUUAUUUUACUCGUGAAAAAGUGUGGGUCAGUUAAAAAAUAUAUCAACCUUUCGGGAACAGGAAUCCCAAUCUAGAUUGUACGAUUUGUUGUUCCGAGAAAAUUAAAUAAUCUUUUCUUUCGCACUCGGAAUAGGAAUUAAGGGAUGAGGGAAGUGUGAAAAUUCCGAUGCUGGAACCAUAAAGAAUUGGGGCCAUUCUUGGGCAAAAUAUAAUCUCAAUUUACAAGUUACGUAAUUAAAGCUAAUUGGAUUUUUUCCUAACAGCGAUAUCGACAUACAUUCGGUCUUGUCUUGGGAUAGUUUGAAGUGGGUUUAAAAAAUACAACAAGAAAAACAAAAAAGCCUGAAAUAGGUACGGUUUGCAUGAUUUUCAUCAGAGAAAAUACGCGAAGGUGCACCAUCGACGAAAGAGGAAAACCGAUGUAGAGAAAGGUAGCUUUGACAGCAACAUUCUAGUUUACGUCACAUAGACGGCCGCGGAACAAAAUACGCCAAACGCCAGAAAAGAGCAUUGUUUUGUCUGCCUGUUUACAAACUUCGCUGCUCAGCAGUUUCCAGCAGAGCAAAACAGUGGAGCUCAGAAGAAGAGGCCAUUCUUGGCUUUCGUUCGUUCGAUUUUGUGCAAAAGCUAACGGACGGGGAUUUCAGUGAAGAACACGUAACAGGCAGCUGUCCAGUUGUCCCGAACCCAGGGCCAGGGAUCUGCCUCCAGGAUGGCUUUCAAUGAGGUGAGUGUCGUUAUAACAACUGAUGAUUUCAACAUAAUUCCAAACAAUCCGAGUAAGUGUCAAUUACUAUUCAUAAUUUCACAUCAAUGUUAAGUAUCAACCGAAUAACUAAAGUCUCAAUUCGCAUUUUUCUGUAGCCUGUCGUAAAAGGCACUCGGAACCAUUGAUGUGUUCACAAUAGUGUUAUAUAAUUUACAUAAGCUUCUUUGAACUUCAAUUUUAAAGUAAUUAUAAUUAAAUAAAAACAGUUAAUUUUAAACCAUAAACUUCAGUUAGUUUCCUUUAACACGAAAUCAAAAUUAUGUCUAAAACUUGUUAAGUCUUCUGUUAAGAGGUGCGUGAACUUGCCAAGUUUAGCACCACUUAGGUACAACUUGACCAUUCCUAUGUUAAAGAUUCACGUGUCUCAAAAGCUCCGGCUCGCUGUUUUGUUGCGAAGGUGUUAAACAUAGUGUGUUCGCAUGAUACCCACCUUCUCUAUCAACAAACAACAACGGCAGCAGCGACGAUGGCGACUGUCGACUGAAUAUCAGUAGUUGUCGUAGUACCUAUCGGUUGCCGAAAGCUCUACCUACAACAACGACAGCUAUUUAUUUAGUUAGUUGCUGCUUCGAUUCGGUGCUUUAUGCGCAGCUCAACAAGUCUGGAAAAGCACUCCUCGGCUUCGAGUCCGACUCUGGUGUGUCUUACCACCACAGCUUUGGGGUCUGGUGGCACACGUGCGCCAGAAAGAGUGAGCGAGAGAUUCCGCUCCAAUAAUACCUAACUUGUUUCGGUAAGGCAUAGGCUUGGCACCGAACCGAAAACAAUUUUCAACCUACCAGCAAGCCGAGCUAUAGGCAAACGCCGUUCGGUGUGGAUUUUGUAAAAUUGAUGAACACAAAUUCGUAUGGGGUAUGAAUGUGCUGUGUAGAGGCGUAUGUUUUUUUCUCUACUUGGAUCGCGCUGUUUCGGCGAGCUGGGGGAGUUUGCGACCGACCGAAUCGGUUCGAAUUCAGUUUCGAGUCGUACUUUGAGCCGAUCGGCGGGAGAGCCCACGUGCGCGAAGCAAUACGCGCAAUCGUGUUUUUUUUCAAGUUGUGGUUUUUCGGUUGCGGGUGACAACGACGAUCGUGAACCCGAACUGAAUGUGAGGGGUGUGUGCGCAUUUUAAUUGAGUUGAUUAGUAUUCUUCGUUCGAGUCUCUUGAGUCGCAUCCCGUUCGGGUGACAUUAGUCCACGGGAGCACAAAGGUUCGUCGCUUGAAAUCGUCCGGGGAAGUCACUUUAAGCUAUGACGAGCUGAUGUCUGUGCUGCUAUUGUAACCGUUGUCAGAUCCGGCGAUUCAAAGAUUUCUAUUCGGAUCCAGUGAGAGUUCAUCUCAAACUUUUCAGCCGAACAACUGAUGAAAAGUGAUAUUGUUAGCAGCUGCAGCCAAAGUUUUCUUGCUGGAGAAAAGUGUCUUUCAAACUAAUCGUGUUGUGUUUUAGUGCCUAUCGUUUUCAAAGUUUUGAUGCGAUUACGAAACAGCGCAGUUAGUGUGAAUCGUCAUACAGUACACCAACCAUACAGUGAUUGUUUGAUUGAAGGAUCCGUUUAUCCGACGUUCGGUUUUGUUACCCUUGGAGCACUUUUGCAGCACCAGUAAAUAGGAAAAAAAUUUCCGAAAAAACACUAGCGUACCACUAGCUAGUAAUAAAAAAAAACCAUCGCCCGGUCGGAGAUAAAAACCACUCUUAGGGCUCCUGUUGGUGGUAAUUGGCAUUUUUUUUUUCCUGUAGCGGCCCGGCACACAGCCCAAUUGAAUGUGAGACCCCGAACGAAACUUGAGCCAACUAAACCGAACCGAGCUCGUCCGAUUGAAUGAAUGUCGAUAUCGCAUGCGCCUCGCCCCAAAGUCCAAGUGUCGCCAUGCGUGAAAUUUAGUAAUUUUUUCGGUUUCCCUCCCGAUUACCACAAGGCAGCAAAAGGCAGGCAGGCUGCAUAUCGGUUUGCAGCUAGCUACUCUCUGCUGCAUCGGGGCAUCAACAGGUUGUUGUAAUUCAGUAGCGCAGAAAAAGUGAAUUUGCAGAAGGCAAGCGACUACAACUGUGCGCAAGUUGUUCCAGUGUUGUUUGGGAAGCCUCAAUUGCAACCUCAGUUGUCAGUGAGUGAAUUUGUGUGAAGCGUUUUCGUUUUUUCCCCUGGAGGGAUGGGAUGGGAAAUGUCUUAGGUUGGGUUGCGUUGGUGGUUCAAGUGCAAUACGUUUUUGUUUUGUGAUAUGAUAUCGGUGAAUGUUGAAUUGAAGCGCGAGACCGCGUUUCACCCAUAAGUGGUUUGUUAGGUUGGUGCGCGCGUAGCAGAUCAUGCGACAUUAGGCAUCGAGUGGAAAGUUUUUCCCCGCGUGCUCCAAACAGGCCGCUUCGAAAGUUUCGCGCGCGUAAGCUCUGUUCGGAAGAGCCGGUUGCAUGAAGCGAGACGAGGAACGUGCUCGGAAGAUGUGGAGAGAUAUCAGCGUGGCUGCGAUGCAGCAUGGUCCCAAUUCUCUGCAUCAUCCGCACCCACACUACGGAAAUGGGGGCAGUCCUGGACCCGGGAGUCCUAGCAGCCCCCACUGGAAUCAACCGGGAUACAGGAAUUCGUAUAGUUUACCCCAUCCAAGCCAAAGUUCCGGCCAAAAUGGUCGAUACCAGCAACACUACGAGGUCAAGCCACUCUCACAGUCGCCCUCGUUCCAAGAGAUUUCACAAGGGAACUAUAACGGAAGUGCCCCUUCUUAUCCCAUGAAACCGCGGCCUCUCUCCAUGUACGAAAUGGGCAAUGGUACCACCACCGGGGGGCAGCAGCAGCUACACUCGUUACCUCCCAGUUUUGUGCCACAUCAACCCGGCAGUAAUGUCGGUGGCCUAAGAACUUCUAACGGCGGUAGACCUUCGAUGGUUGGGCCGCCUCCUCCGCAUUCUCGGCAACCGGUACUGAUGCAGCAGCAGCCGGCUCCGCCUUCUGCAUAUCCGGCAAAUGGGUUGCGGCAGCAGCCAGAAGAAUUGAAAGUGGAUCCGGAGCUAAUCUUCACGAAACAGGAACGGAUAGGAAAAGGCUCGUUCGGUGAAGUGUUCAAAGGCGUCGACAACCGGACACAGCAGGUGGUGGCUAUCAAAAUAAUCGACCUCGAAGAAGCGGAAGAUGAGAUCGAAGACAUCCAGCAGGAAAUCAUGGUGCUGUCACAGUGUGACUCCCCCUUCGUCACAAAGUACUUCGGUUCAUAUCUCAAGGGUACAAAACUAUGGAUCAUCAUGGAAUAUCUCGGGGGCGGGUCGGCCCUGGACCUGAUGAAGGCGGGUCUGUUCGAGGAAAUGCACAUUGCCAUCAUCCUGCGGGAAGUUCUCAAAGGUCUGGAUUACCUGCAUUCGGAGAGGAAACUCCACCGGGACAUCAAGGCGGCUAACGUGCUGCUGAGCGAGAUGGGGGACGUCAAGCUGGCCGAUUUCGGUGUGGCCGGACAGCUCACCAAUACCACCUCCAAGCGAAACACCUUCGUCGGGACGCCCUUCUGGAUGGCACCGGAAGUGAUAAAGCAGUCCAUGUACGAUUCCAAAGCGGACAUCUGGUCCCUCGGAAUCACUGCCAUCGAGCUGGCCAAAGGAGAACCACCAAACUCGGAGCUGCAUCCGAUGCGGGUGCUCUUCCUGAUACCCAAGAAUAACCCCCCGCAGCUGACCGGUAGCUAUACCAAGCCAUUCAAAGACUUUGUCGAAGCGUGCCUAAAUAAAGACCCUGAAAAUAGACCUACGGCCAAGGAGCUGUUAAAGUUCCCUUUCAUCAAGAAGGCGAAGAAGAAUGCAUACCUUAUCGAUCUGAUAGAUCGAUACAAAAAGUGGAAGUCCCAGAAAGGGGAGGAGAGCGAAACCGAAUCGGAGAAUUCAGAUUCUGAGGAAUCAAAGCCGGACAGCGAUCUAGACGAACCGUGGAUCAUGACGGUCAAGGGGAUGCCUUUCAACAACUUCAACAAGAAUGCCAUGGAGGACCCGCUGGGGUCCCCGGUGAAACAUAACGGUACCAGCAACAACAGCAACAGUAACAGUUUGCUAGCCAUGGGCAACGUGAGGGAGCGGGAUCGGGACCGGGACCGAAACAGAGACCCGGACAACAAUCUGAACCAGCAGCAUAAAUCCAGUCAGCCUCGGACCCCCACUUCGCCAUCCCAUCAGUCCUCGCAGCAGACCUCUUCCUCUGCGCUGAUUUCCUCCGGCAAUAGCAACGCCAACAGCCAGAACAGCAACUCCAACAGUAACAGUCGAGGAGCCAAACAGCAGCAGCAUAGUUCUUCGAUGGAACGGGAACGGGAUCGAGAGCGGGACCCGAUGUCCAUGUCUCCCCAGAAGGAACACGUCGUCGGUCACUAUCCGAACGAUCGGGCCAGCUUGGAACGGCAGCGGGAUAGCGAGAAGGAACGGGAACGGGACCGAAUAGAGCGGGAACGGGAACGGGAUCGGGAUCGAGAACGCGAACGGGAACGGGAGCGAAUCGAGAAACGCGAGGAAGCAGAACGGGAACGAGAGAACAAGGAAAGGCGAGCUUCCAAGGAUGUGCAGAACCACUAUCGGAGCGACGGUAACGAGGAAAAGAUCAUCAGUUUGCGGCGAGACCGCGAAACCAGUCAUAGCAAUGGAAAUUCUAGAAGCAGUAUUACGAAUGUAAAUAACAACUCCAAGAGUAGCAGUCGGACGAACAGUGGGUGCCUCAAGUCAAUCAUAUACCCGUUGCUGUCGGAGAUGCAGCGAAGCUAUUCCAGUUCCAGCCACGCCGAGCUGGGUGACCUACGGGUGGCGUUUGAAAAGGCGGAACAGACUUGCCCGGGCGUGAACGACCUGUUUGUCAAGGAGAUCAUCCACAAGCUGGUGCCUGGAUUCUCGGAAACCCGCAUCAAUACGCUUAUCGACAAAGUGACGCGCGACUCCAAAGUGAAACGAUAAGGUGAUGAUGAAGUUUGUGAUGCUCCCAUUUCAUUCAAUUGAUCGAAACAUUUUGGGGAAGCCCGUCGCUAGAGUGUGUGUCUGUGUGUGAUUCAUUGCUUUGUGUUUUCGUGAUUCAGUCUGUCCCGCGUUAAAGAGUGGCCUGGUACACAUGUCAUUACGAUCUCGGUACUCCGGAAGUAUCGGGAAGCAUUUUGGGAAGCCCAAAAAAAACUUUCAAUAGCUAGGAAACGCGUUUGGGGUUGAGAGCCUCCUAAAUGAGACAGCAAAUCGUAAAGCCAUCGAACGGUUCAUCAAUCUGUCGCGCGGGAAUCCGAUGGAAAGUCACAGCGAGUAGUUAUCAGUUAUUUUCUUUGAGAUCAUCUUUAAUCAAUAUAUGAAAGUCUAAAUAAAUCUGUAUAUAUUUUUGGACGAUGUGAAGGUCACAAGAGAAAAAACGGUCAAAAUGCGAGAUGAUUCAUGAGAUAUUUAUUGUUUUUACUAUUUUUGGGAUAUUUUAGUUAGUCUGUAUUCACAUUAGCUUGUUCAGUAGUAUUAUUACGUAGUGCAGAAGCAAACAGAAACUUGUACUGUAUCUUUCUUAACCUAGCCCAGAUCCGAGGACGAAAAUCAAAUUCAGCCAGGCCGGAAUGCAAAUUGAUAGGCAUUGAAAACUAAUGACAAUAUAACUUUUUCCCAAGGGUAAAAAGUAAAGUAGUGGAUUGAACCAAGUAUUUUUGUUAGGAAAAGGCAAAACCGUAGGCAUUUUUAAUUUCCAAAUCUUUCUACUGUACAAAUUUUUAUCUUAUUUUCCUGACUGUAGUUGAUUGAUUUCUGUUUGACUAAUGAUUGGCUGAUUGCAAAAAGUUAUAGUUGUUUUAAUUUUUCUCCCCUAUAGACGAACCCCUUCUUCAUCUUCCAAGAUGACCGUCCUUUACUAGAAACAGAAAGAAAGGAAAACAUCUGAAUUGUUAUUCAACUUUUUUUUGGUUAUCGCUAUUCUCACCUCCAUAAAAUGCCUACAAAAUUUAUCACAAUUUUAUUGAUGUCUGUUGUUGAAGCAUUUGUUUUAUUUAUUUAUUGUGCAUAAAUUGUUUGUAUUGUUCGAAUCGCUUUGAUUAAAAAAAAAACUUGUCCAAUCAUCAAACAUAGUCACAAAGGCAUCGGAGGAAGUAUUUUCAUUUGCUCCUCCAAUCACAGUUUCUUAACAAGUAUUUAGCAAUCGCGGAACAAAUGGUUUUGAAAACGUUUCGUAAAGCUUCCGGCGACGUUGAAAAACAGAAACAAAAAGGGCUUGGCCGGUUAGAAAGUGAUGAUUAUUUUAUUGUUGUUACAGUAAAUCGGAGCUACUUUUGCUUUUGUAAUUUAGAGAGAUUCCACUCCACCUCAACACAGAAGGAAAGUCGAUAAGGCAAUUGACUGGCAUAAUCGCAAAACCGUCAAGUGGUAACUGUGAAUAGAUAGAAAAACUAAAACUAAAUUCGGUUUGAAUACGGAUCGAUUAGGAAGGAUCGAUGGGUGGUGAGAUUACGGAGUAGUCGGAAUUCUACAAUAUUUAAAUAAAAAGAUAAACAACACUAAUUUAACUAGGUAUUUAACUAAAACCAACACAGAAAAAAAUCUUGUUUUCCUACCAUACUACAAAUCUUUGAAAUGAAUUAAAACAAAAAUUAUUUUACAAAAAAAAUCUCUAGGAUACCAGCCCCCUAAAAACUCUAAAAACAGCAUACAAUACGACUUUGAUUAAUCAGGUACUAGAUUUGGAAGGAAACAAAUAGAUACAGAAUAAAUAAAUCCAAUCCCGUUGUUGUAAUUGAACAAACCGAAAGCCACUAACUGAUAGACUUGAUCCCAUUUGGAUGGAAGCAGGAAAAAAAAAAACCAUAAAACGACAGUCGAUCCGAUCGGUAUCGGUUCAGAAAAAAAGCAGUUAUGAAAGUAAGAAACAGAAAAUAAAACGGUUACGACGAUGUGGUGAACUACUACAAAAUCCUUGUUAACAUGUACACGAUUGACAUUAAUGAAUUUAAAAAUUGUAAAAAAAUAAUUAUGAAUAAACGAAAUAGUAAAACAAAA